AUCGGACAUACCGUGUGUUCCAUCGGCGAUCUGCUCCGGCGAGACGAUUAGCCAAAUCUACGUACUGUUUUUUCUCUAUCUUGCUUUCUUUUUUUUCCCCCUUUUAUUUUUCCUUUUAUGUCGCCUGGGUUUUGAGUAGGUUACAGAGUAGCUUCAGAAUCUCGCCGAUUGGCUCGAUGAUGUUGAUGCUCCUGUCUCUCAACACCAGCUUGUUCUCCAAAUGCUUCGGGGGCUUCCUGCGGAUCUUCAGGCCCAAACGUCCUUCAUGCAAUUUCAAGAUCCCAUGCCAACGUUCCUGCAAGUCCGCUCGGCUCUCAUGUUUCUGGAUCGGCAACGGACCACCUUGGCCGACUCGGGCUCCACGGCCCUACUCACCAACCGCGCCGGCGGCACUCACGGCGGUACUUCCGGCAGCUAUGGCGGACAACAUGGUGGCUCCAUCUACGGUGAAGGCAACCCCGGACAGCGUGGAGGCUACGGACGAGGACAAGGACGUGGCAGCGGGAAUCGGGGUCGAGGUUAUCUUCUUCUUGAUGAUGGUUGAUCGUGUCAUAUACCUUUCUUCGUUCACCUCGGGGAAAGUGAUUUUCUACAUAUUUAAUCUCAUUCUUUUCACGUUUUUUGUUACGGAAUACGCUUGGAGCACAGAUUCUUCACAACAGAGUGCUGCCGGAUUUGCCCUUCGUGCAAUAUAUCUCACCAAAGCAGUUUCUUUGGCUUUACAAGCUAUCCAAAUCCGUUAUGGUAUUCCCCAUAAAAGCACGUUGUAUCGCCAGUUUCUAACCAGCACAACUUCAAGAGUUAAUUAUAUUGGCUACCGGCUUUAUCGUGCACUCCCAUUCCUCUAUGAACUUAGAUGUGUGCUUGACUGGUCGUGCACUACAACGUCAUUGACCAUGUAUGACUGGCUAAAGCUAGAAGACAUCAAUGCAAGCUUGUAUCUGGUCAAAUGUGAUGCUUUUCUGAAUAGAGCAACACAUAAACAGGGAGAGAAGCAGAGCAAGAUGACUAAGUUCUGCAAUGGAAUUUGCUUGUUCUUCGUCUUAAUAUGUGUCAUCUGGACUCCCAUGCUGAUGUAUAGCAGUGGUAAUCCAACAAACAUUGCGAAUCCUGUGAACGAUGCCAGUGUCCAGUUGGAUAUCAAGACUGAUGGUGGAAGGUUGACACUAUAUCAAACAGCCCUAUGUGAAAGAAUCCCAUGGGAGUUUCUCAAGAACUCGUCUAACAAUCUUGAUCCGGAUGGCGGUCUUGAUGCAUACAAUGUGUAUGACAUCCAGUUGAUUUGCUGUCAAGCCGACUCUUCUGCCAUGUGGCUUGUCCCUGAUGUGGUCCAGAGGAGGUUUGUUCAGUCUUUCAACAGCCGUAUGGAGAUUAAGUUUUCUUGGGUUCUCACUAGAGACAGGCCAAAGGGGAAGGAAGUUGUGAAAUAUGACAUAACUGCUGAUCCUCCACAGCCAUUGGAAGUUGAGAGAGCCAUAAAUGGUUCCACCAGUAGCUUUAGAGUUGAAAACAUCUAUCCAAGAUUCUUUAGAGUGACUGGCUCUGGAGACGUUAGGCCUUUUGAGAAACAGGAAAAUGAUGUCAGCGCUGAUAUUGUUUUGAAUCGCGGAGUUUCUGAUUGGUGGUCCUUCCAUGAUACGAAUUCAAUGGAUAUAAGUGGUUGCGGAGGGUGGAUGGGUCCCAUGGCCAUCAUCGUAUCUGAAGAAACUCCCCAGGGCUUGCUGGGAGACACACUUAGCAAAUUCAGCAUUUGGGGUCUCUACAUUACAUUUGUGCUAGCAGUUGGGCGCUUCAUUAGGCUUCAGUGCUCUGACUUGCGGAUGAGAAUCCCAUACGAAAAUCUCCCUUCAUGCGACAGAUUGAUUGCCAUUUGUGAGGACAUCUAUGCUGCGAGAGCCGAGGGUGAGCUUGGAGUUGAGGAGGUUCUGUACUGGACACUGGUUAAGAUUUACAGGUCACCCCACAUGUUGUUGGAGUAUACCAAGCCAGACUAGGAAAAGAAAACUAAGAAUUGUAAGAAAAAAAUUUGCAGGAAAAUGCUACUUUAACAGUUUAACAUACACCACUAGAGACAAUCAUGCACACACAAUCAUUGUGUGAGACACUGGCGUUGUCAAAUGUGGUGUGACUAUAGUAUGACCCCAGAUUUGUGGGACUAGUGACCACUAACAUAUAGCCACCUGAUAUAUGUAUAAUAACAGCCAAUUCUUUGUUCAUUUUCGAUUCCUUCAUUUGUGUAAAUAUCUAUUGAUAUUAUUGUGUAGGUU